AUGUCCAGGAUGCUGGGGCUGGCCCUGCUGGCUUUAGCCGGCACCACCACCGUGGGCCUGAGCUGGGCCAGCGGCUUCACAGAGACUGGUCUCUCCUUGCUGAGCUACCAGCUGUGCAGCUACCAGGAGACCCGGACCGUGCAGCGGUUGGAGGCAGUGCAGACGUCCCACGUGACACACGUGGCCUGUGGUGGCUGGAUCCUGUGGCGGUGGUGCCCCAAGACCAUCUACAGGACCCAGUACCUGACUGUGGAGGUGCCUGAGUCCAGGAACAUCACCGAUUGCUGCAAGGGCUAUGAGCAGCUGGGCCUCUAUUGCGUCUUGCCACUGAAUUGGUCCAUGGAGUUCACAUCAAGACCUGGGGUCUGCCCGACAGCGAACCCAGAGACACCCAUCUCCCCAUGCAGCUCGGAUAAUGACUGCCCUGGACUCCAGAAGUGCUGUCCCCGGCCAGAGGGCCACCACUGUGUGGCCCCUGUGUCCCAAGCACCGUCUGGGCGCCCGACGAGCUGGUACAAUGUGACGGUGCGGGUGAAGAUGGACUUCACGGACCUGAGCCGAGUGGACCCAGAGCUCCAGAACCACACGCGUCUGCUCUGUUCCCUGGUGGCCAGUGCCCUGCAGCCACUGGACUCCAGUGUCCACUACUUGGACUCUGCCAGCGGGGGCCCCUCCUCCACAGUGUCAAGGCUGCUGCUGGGCCUGCCUCGGCCGCUGGUGGUGGUCAACGUCUCCACUGUGCUGGACGACAUCCCGAGGCGCGUGUGCGAGGUGACCAGCAUCCAGGUGCAAGAUGUGGAUGAGUGUGCCCACCGCGCACUGCAUGCCUGCUCCAUGGGGCAGCAGUGUCUGAAUCUGGAAGGCUCCUACCGGUGCGUCAGUGCCGAGGACCCAACCUCGUCUCCCCAGCCACUGAACCACACGGGUGAAGACUGUCCUCCCAUCCUGGACCAUGUGGCCCUCAAUGUUACCAGUAGCAGCUUCCAGGUGUCCUGGAGUGUGGAUCCUCCCCGGAGCCGUGAUUUCCACGUGCAGGUAUUCCGGGGUGAGCAGCUGCUCCAGAGCGCCUGGACCAGUGGCCUGGCCCUGCAGGUGUCAGGCCUGGAUGCUGGGGAGCUGUAUGUGGUGAGGACCAGCUACCAGGGCUGCAGUGCCAACAUCUCCACCAUGCUGACCGUCAAGACAGAUGCCCGGGUGUUCGAAGUCAUCAUAAGGAUCACAAACCACAACCUGACGGAGCAGCUGCUGGACGGCGGCAGCGAGGAACGCCGGACCUUCUCUCGCCAGCUGCUGCGCGAGGUUGAGAACUCCUUCCCGCCAGCAGUUUCUGAGCUGCACAGGAUGGGGAAGCUGAGGCUGGAGAUCACGUCGCUCCAGGCGGGAAGUGUGGUAGCAACCCUCCGAGUCAUGGUGCUGGACCCUGAGUCCCCUGUGGGUGUCUCCACUUUGGCCCCCAUGCUCCAGCUUCUGCGUGCAAGCACCAUGUUCCAGAUCGACCCCCAGGGGAGUCGAGUGCAAGAUCGGGAUGAGUGUGCCCACGCCUCGGAGCAUGACUGCUCGCCUGCCGCCCGCUGCGUCAACCUCGAGGGCUCCUACACCUGCCAGUGUCACACAGCCAGGGACGCCAGUCCCACCCGGCCAGGCCGGGCCUGUGAGGGUGAUGUGGUCAGCCCCACCGGACGUGGUCUGUCUGCAGCACUGGGGGUCACUGCCCUGGUCCUCACCACAAGAAACACAGCUCUUGUCCCAGAGCCCCCCACAUUGUCACCCAACCCCAGGAACCUAGAAUGUACCCCGACAGCAGCCCAGGUCCCCACCCCAGGGCCCCUACCCAAGAGAGGGGCUGAUGGCACAGUUGGACAGCACAGGAAUAGCGGGGGGCCCAGUGUAGCCCCGAGCCCAGGGGUGGCCAGUGAGAUGCCCAGCCCAGCCUCCUCCCCCAUGGCUCCUGGGCCGAGCCCUGGGUCCUCCUGGGGGACCACAGAUGGCCCAGUGCACUCCCGUGGGCAGCUCCUGGGAAACAUCACCACAGAACCACCCACCCUGCCAGCGCCCACCAGCAGCCCCACAGGUCACGUUGAAUGGCACCCCAGCCUCCCCACGCAGGGGACACCUCUGCAGUCCACGACACUGUGGCAGGAGGACCCUGGGCCUUCUGCCUCCCAGGGCUCCCUGACGGUCCCCACCACUGUGGCUCUGGAGACCCCUGCCUGUGCCCCUGUCCCCAUCAGGAAGGUCACGGUCUCCAACGUGACCAGCACCGGCUUCCACCUGAUGUGGGAGGCAGAUGUCACCCUGCGCCCCACCUUCCAUCUCUCUGCCACCGCCCCGAAGGGCCCCGCCGUGGCCCUGGAGACCAGGGAGCACAAUGCGAAGCUGUCAGGGCUGGAACCCGGCGUCUCCUACCUGGUGGAGCUCACAGCCAAGGCGUGUGGAGAGGAGGGUGCGGGGACGAGGCUGAAAGUGAGGACAGCGGCCCAGAAGCUCAGUGGCAAAGUGAGGAUCGCAAACGUCAGGUUCUCAGAGUCCUUCCGCAAUGCCAGCAGCACGGAGUACCGGGCCUUCGUGGACCUGUUCUCCCGGACGGUGCGGGACUCCCUGCCGGCCACUCUACGCCAGCACAUGGACACCGGUGGGAUCAGGAUGAGCAUCACUUGCGUCACCAAUGGCAGCAUCGUGGUGGAGUUUGACCUGCUGAUAACGGUGGCUGUGGAUGUCGGGGUGGUGUCUGCCACAUUCCUGGAUGCCCUGGGGAACAUGUCUCAGCUGGAGGUGGUCAGGAACGAUACCUUCAUAUGGGAUUACGAUGAGUGUGGAAGGGGCGAGGACGACUGUGUGCCGGGGACCUCCUGCCACAACACCCUGGGGACUUUCACCUGCAGCUGCGAGGGGGGAGCCCCUGACUCCCGUGUGGAAUAUUCUGGAAGAGCCUGUGCAGGUAACUCCCCUAAUCCUGGAGGGGUGUCUUGGAGCUGGUUCCCCGAGCAUCGCCCAGCCGGGGCAGAGACCUCGGCUGCCCUCCCACCUGGCACCAACCCCGAGCCCCAGGGCACGCAGCCACGGCUGAACCUGACGGGUGCAGUCAGGGUGCUGUGUGAGAUGGAGCGUGUGGGCAUCGCCAUCCAGAAGCACUUUCUGCAGCAGGAGCUCAUCCCCGAAUCCUCCCUGUACCUGGGACAGCCAGCCUGCAAUGCCAGCGUCAGCAACGACUCCCACGUGCUGCUAGCAGUUGGCUGGGGCGAGUGCGGGACCCUCGUGCAGAGUAACAAGACCAGCACAGUGGUGAAGACAGUCCUGAGGAACGACCGGUCCCCAGACGGCAUUAUCCACCACCCCACAAUCCUGAGCCCCAUUCGCUGCAUCUUCCGGAAUGACCUUCUGACGUCCCUGGGCUACACCCCGAAGUGGGGGGUUUACACUGUCAUGGAAGACCUGCACGGCGCGGGCACGUUUGUCACGGAAAUGCAGCUGUUCGUCGGAGAUUCUCCCAUACCUCAGAACUACAGCGUGUCUGCCAGCGAUGAGGUCAAGGUCCAAGUGGGGCUGCACAGGCAGAAGAGCAGCCUCAAGGUGGUGCUGGUUCGAUGCUGGGCGACGCCCUCCAGGGAUGCCCAGGACCCCGUCACCUUUGGGUUCAUCAACAACAGCUGCCCUGUCCCCAACACCUACACCAGCGUGAUCCAGAACGGAGACUCCAGCAAGGCCCAGUUCAAGCUGAGAAUCUUCUCCUUCAUCAACAACUCCAUAGUUUACCUGCACUGCAAGCUCCGGGUCUGCAUGGAGUCCCCUGGUGCCACGUGCAAGAUAAACUGCAAUGAUUUCCGGGUUCUGAGAAGCAGGGAUGGUGCCAGGAUGCUGGAGGUUUCCUGGGGACCCCUCCUCCGUUCGGCAGGUGUGUCUCCGGGCACGAGGCCCCACCUGACCACCAGCUACGUGGCUCUCAUCGUGGUCACCGCCUUGGUCGUGGUGGCGGGGGCUGUGGCUCUUCUGAUCCUGCGCUACCAGAGAACCACCGGGAAAUACAGCUUCCGAAUGCAGCCAGAUAACUUCAGUUACCGGGUGUUCUCCGGGUAGGAGGCCCGGCCGCCAAGGAGGAUGAAGGGGUGGUCUGCUGCCUGGGUCCUCCAUCACCCGGGGGCGGCAGGGUGGCGUGGUGAAGGGCAGAUCUCUAGCGGGAGAGGCAUCCUCCCCCUGAAGAAAUGACCCUGACUUGCCAAGGGAUAGAAGUGACCGUGGAUCAGCCUGGCAUGCUGAAUGAUCCUGGUGUUCCUGGUCAAAUCUGUCCCGGACUCUGUGCGUCCCCUGGGGGGCUACCCUCCUCUCCCUGGCACGCACAACUUGAACUCUCGGGUGUUUUGCAUUUGUCAUGUGGACUCCUCGGGGGGGGGCCUGUGUGCUGCCCCCUCUGGAGGGCAGUAUUUGCAUGUCGCCCACGUGCCCGUGCUCUACCGGAGAUGACUCAUGGUGCGUAGUGCAGUGGAAAAGCUGGGGGAAUCGCUGUCGCUCUGCAGUGUUUAGGGAACAGCAAACACAGCCUCAGCACAGGUGCGCUUUUGAGGGAGCAUUUUCCCUCCCCAGUUUCUGGGGUCCUGCGGGUGCGGAGAGCUCGGGCUGGGCCUCAGUUACUUCCCCUGCUGCUGGGACAGAGUAGUCAACACCUAGAGUUUACAGCAGGAGGGGUUUGCUUAGCUCGCAGUGUAUAGAGGGUCAGUCCAUGGGCAGCUGGCUCCGAGGCAGGGCGUUGCUGCAGGGGACCUGGGAGACAGGAGGAAGAGAGGAGGAGGAGCGGGGAGGGGAGCAAACCCCUCUGGGCUCUGCCUCCCCACACUGCAUUCAGCUGUAAACUCCUCAGUGGACCCAUCCCUGAUGAGUGUCUCACCCCACGAUUCAAUCACCCCCCAAAGCCCGCCUCUGAGCCAUGAGGCUUUGGGGGUACUGAACAUCUAGAUAUGAACCCAGUGAGGCCUUCUCCUCUCCUGUGAGCAAACUGACCCAGGCGACCUUCCCACACAGGUAACGGCAAGUUAGAUUCGGGUCUCAGCACAUGAAGCAGUCACAGGAGUCGAGCUGUACAGCACUUUGUUCCAGCGCUCAGAUGAGCCCAAGCGGGACCACAGCAGACCCUGUCUGUCCCCAGGAGACCACUGUCCAGUAGGUUCCAGGCCAGCAGCACCCACUGGGCAGAGGACAGGCUGUCAGAGACAGAGGCAGAGUGCUGGGGCAUCCUGGAGCCUCAGGGCCAGCGCAAAAGCAGCUCCUGUCCAAGUCAUCCACAUAGCUGUCAUCAGACCCUUGCCCUCCAGUCUGGUCCACACUGGCUGUGAAGCCCUUUUUAAAAUAGAUCCACUUUAUAAAACCAUCAUUGCUAAUGCUAUUUCUAGAAACUGUGUAAGGUAACAAUAGAGAAAACUGAUUGACUAAAAUGUAUGGUGGUCUUCAGGAAAGGUUUGAUCCAGCAAUGUCAGUGUGACUGACACUGUUUAUUCUGUGUUCCCAGUUUGUUGUUUUUAAUUACACAACAGCAGCACAGAAGGCACUAUCCUAAUACAAAAGUCUUUCUAAUAAUUAUAAAUGCCGUGGUAUAUAGACACGACCCUCUUGUUCCCAAACAUGUUCCCAGCCAUUGUUUUUCAUUCCACCGGGGAAGGUGUGAUCAUGGGAACCACACAAUAAGGCCAUGGAUGAGUGGACAAGGAGGUGGGUCUGGGGUGUGACUUCUAGCCUAGAAUUUUCUCCAUUGCACCACACACUGGGACACUGCUUUCUGCUUUACUUGAAGUAAAUUAAAAUUGGUAAGAGAGCCUAAAAGUAGGGCACUGUCCCUCGGUGAACUUAGAGUCUCAAAGGAUGUUAGUGUUUAAGUCACAGGACUCGCUCUGUGGGACGUGGUCAGCUGUCACUCACACAGAGUAUGUGGAAGGGAGGGCUUUGGUUGCUGGACAUUCUCGGAGCACGAAUGACGAUAGGAACCUGUGUGGGUGACCGUACUGGAGCAGGACAAUAAACUGCACAUGACAUUGAA